AAAAAAAAUAAAAAAAUUCAAUAUUUCUCUCUAACAAAAACUUGUCCUCCACUCUUCCCCCAAUUUUCCUAAGCAGCCUUUUAGAUUGUUAGAUAAUAGAAAUUAGAGAGAGAGUGUGCAUAGAGAGACGGAUUAUGCAAUAGUACCGUCCUCGUCCAGCACCUGUCCGCAGUCCCCCAAAACCCUAAAAAAUGCAAAUCCAUAAAUACCCCUCUCUCUCUCUCUCUCCAACAAUAUGACUCCACCACCACCUAGCUUUUCUUCUCUCUCACAAAUUCUCUACUCCAGAGCCUUCUGAAAAACUUCCUUCCACAUUCCAACAAAUUCAUCAAAACCUCCCUCCCUCUCUCUCUCUCUCUCUCUCUCCGAUUCCAUUUCCUCCUCCUCUCGCAGUCUAGUCGCAGCUUACUGCACUUUAUGCUUCCAAGAAAGAGACCUUGCGAAGGAGUGGUUGUAGAAGAAGGCAGUGGUAUCAUCAACAGCAGUUCGGACACAUCUAUCAUCAAGAAGCAUCGGAUCGGUGCCGCCGCCGGUGGAACCGCCGAAUCGACGGUGAAGAACGGCAAUAGCAGCGUCAGCGACGGUAACGUCAACGGAAGUGAUAGCGUAGCUAGCGAAGGAGAAGAACAGGAGAUUACGAUGGCUCUCGGCGAUUCCAACACUGCCGAUAUCGAUGAGGAUCUUCACAGCCGGCAAUUGGCGGUCUACGGCCGCGACACCAUGCGGAGGCUCUUCGCGUCCAACGUCCUUGUCUCUGGGAUGCAGGGUCUCGGUGCUGAGAUUGCAAAGAACCUGAUUCUUGCUGGUGUUAAGUCUGUGACUUUGCACGAUGAAGGGAAUGUGGAGUUAUGGGAUUUAUCCAGUAAUUUUAUCUUUUCUGAGAAUGAUGUUGGUAAGAACAGAGCGCUCGCUUCUGUUCAGAAGUUGCAAGAACUUAACAAUGCUGUACUUGUGCAAACCUUGACUACGAAGUUGACAAAAGAGCAACUUUCUGAUUUUCAGGCUGUUGUAUUCACUGACAUAAGUCUUGAGAAGGCUAUUGAAUUCAAUGAUUACUGUCAUAACCAUCAGCCUCCUAUUGCCUUCAUUAAGUCUGAAGUUAGGGGUCUUUUUGGUUCCGUCUUUUGUGACUUUGGAUCUGAAUUCACGGUUGUUGAUGUUGAUGGAGAGGAACCACACACGGGAAUUAUUGCAUCCAUCAGUAAUGACAACCCUGCUCUGGUGUCAUGUGUUGAUGAUGAACGACUCGAGUUUCAGGAUGGGGAUUUUGUUGUGUUCUCUGAGGUUCGGGGAAUGACAGAACUGAAUGAUGGGAAGCCAAGAAAAAUUAAAAGUGCAAGGGCUUAUUCAUUCACUCUUGAGGAUGAUACUACAAAUUUUGGUGCCUAUGAGAGAGGUGGUAUUGUUACACAGGUGAAACAGCCCAAAGUGUUGAAAUUUAAGCCUUUGAGAGAAGCACUUAAUGAUCCUGGUGAUUUCCUAUUGAGUGAUUUCUCUAAGUUUGAUCGACCACCCCUCCUCCAUUUGGCAUUCCAAGCUCUAGAUAAGUUUGCUUCAGAGUUAGGUCGAUUCCCUGUUGCAGGCUCAGAAGAGGAUGCUCAGAAGCUUAUAACUAUUGCUGGUAACAUCAAUGAAAGUUUGGGAGAUGGGAGACUAGAGGAUAUCAAUCCAAAACUUCUGUGGCACUUUUCUUUUGGUGCCAGGGCAGUACUUAACCCGAUGGCUGCCAUGUUUGGUGGCAUUGUUGGUCAGGAGGUAGUAAAAGCUUGCUCCGGAAAGUUCCAUCCACUCUUCCAGUUCUUCUACUUUGACUCAGUGGAGUCACUUCCAACAGAGCCUCUAGAUGCCAGUGAUUUUAGACCAUUGAAUAGCCGAUAUGAUGCUCAAAUUUCUGUUUUUGGGUCUAGGCUCCAGAAGAAACUGGAGGAUGCUAAAGUGUUCAUUGUUGGAUCUGGUGCUUUGGGCUGUGAGUUCUUGAAAAAUGUUGCCUUAAUGGGGGUUUCAUGUGGCAACCAAGGUAAGCUAACAAUCACGGAUGAUGAUGUUAUUGAGAAGAGUAACCUCAGCAGGCAAUUCCUGUUCCGUGAUUGGAAUAUUGGGCAGGCAAAAUCUACAGUUGCUGCUUCUGCUGCUGCAUCAAUAAAUCCUCGUCUCAAUAUUGAAGCUUUGCAAAAUCGAGUUGGCCCUGAAACUGAGAAUGUAUUUGAUGAUGCCUUCUGGGAGAAUUUAAGUGUUGUGAUUAAUGCUCUAGACAAUGUGAACGCCCGGCUUUAUGUUGAUCAGAGGUGCUUAUAUUUCCAGAAGCCGCUUCUUGAAUCAGGAACUCUUGGUGCCAAAUGCAACACUCAGAUGGUCAUUACUCACUUGACAGAAAAUUAUGGUGCUUCGAGGGAUCCACCUGAGAAGCAAGCUCCCAUGUGCACGGUGCAUUCCUUUCCACACAAUAUUGAUCACUGCUUGACAUGGGCCCGAUCUGAAUUUGAGGGUUUGCUUGAGAAGACACCGACUGAAGUAAACACAUACUUGUCCAAUCCAAGUGAGUAUGCGAUGUCAAUGAGAAAUGCUGGUGAUGCCCAGGCCAGAGAUACCUUGGAUCGUGUUCUUGAGUGUCUUGACAGAGAAAAAUGCGAGAGUUUCCAAGAUUGUAUUUCCUGGGCUCGCCUAAAGUUUGAAGAUUACUUCGCUAACCGUGUGAAGCAGUUGAUAUUUACUUUUCCUGAAGAUGCUGCAACCAGUACUGGGGCUCCAUUCUGGUCAGCCCCUAAGCGAUUCCCGCAUCCUCUGCAGUUCUCAGCUGCCGAUCCUGGUCACCUCCAUUUUGUUAUGGCAGCAUCAAUACUAAGAGCGGAGACAUUUGGUAUUCCAAUUCCUGACUGGGUUAAAAACCCUAAGAAGUUGGCUGAAGCUGUAGAUAGAGUGAUAGUCCCUGAAUUUCAGCCCAAGGAAGGUGUCAAAAUUGAGACUGAUGAGAAGGCCACCAAUGUUAGUUCUGCUGCGUCUGUAGAUGAUUCACUGAUAAUUAAUGAAUUAAUCACGAAGUUGGAGCACAGUCGAGCAAGCUUGGCACCAGGGUUUAAGAUGAAACCAAUUCAGUUUGAGAAGGACGAUGAUACCAACUACCAUAUGGACAUGAUUGCUGGUCUUGCCAACAUGAGGGCCAGGAAUUAUAGUAUUCCCGAGGUUGACAAGCUGAAGGCCAAGUUUAUUGCUGGAAGGAUUAUCCCUGCUAUUGCGACAUCCACUGCUAUGGCGACGGGUCUCGUCUGCUUAGAGCUAUAUAAGGUUUUGGAUGGUGGCCACAAACUUGAGGACUACCGAAACACAUUUGCAAAUCUAGCACUGCCUUUGUUUUCAAUGGCUGAGCCAGUUCCGCCUAAGGUCAUCAAGCACCGCGAAAUGAAGUGGACUGUUUGGGAUAGGUGGAUCGUGAAGGACAAUCCAACUCUGAGGGAACUUCUUGAGUGGCUAAAAAAUAAAGGGCUAAAUGCUUACAGCAUCUCCUGUGGAAGUUGUCUGCUGUAUAAUAGUAUGUUCACGAGACACAAGGAUCGAAUGGACAAGAAGGUGGUGGAUUUGGCUAGGGAUGUGGCGAAGGUAGAGUUGCCCGCAUACCGCCGACACUUGGACGUGGUUGUGGCAUGCGAGGACGAUGAUGACAAUGAUAUUGAUAUCCCAUUAGUAUCAAUUUACUUCCGUUAAGUCGUAUUUCUAAAUCCACCGAUGCUGUCGGAAUGUGAUUUUAGGAUGAGAGCCCUGAAAUAAUUCUUCUGACUUGCUUUGAAAUGAAUUAUCUCGGCACACAUGUUGAAUAUUUUUUUAAGUUAUGUUUCAUAUAUAAUUCUGAAAGACCCCUUUAGUUGGA